GUUCAUUUUCCUCCUGCGGGUUGCCGUAGCUGCAGCAGUAGCGCGUUCCAUUUUAGAACGUUUCAUUCGAGACAACAUGGCCGCUGCGGCUGGCCAUUAUUACGGCGACGGAGGCAGAGCAACAAAAAGACAGAAAACAGAGAGCGACGGAAUGGCCACGGAGGGUUACGAUGACCCGCACAAGACCACACCCUCACUUGUAGUGCAUGUAAGGGGGCUAAUUGACGGCAUUACCGAGGCUGACCUGGUGGAGGCACUACAGGAGUUUGGCACCAUAAGUUAUGUUGUGUUGAUGCCGAAGAAGCGGCAGGCACUGGUGGAGUAUGAGGACAUGAGUGGCUCCAGUAACGCAGUGACAUAUGCUAACAGUAAUCAAAUCUACAUCGCUGGCCGGCCAUCAUACAUCAAUUAUUCUACCAGUCAGAAAAUCUCUAGGCCAAGCGACUCUGAUGACACACGGAGCGUUAACAAUGUACUGCUCCUCACCAUCAUGAACCCUAUCUACCCCAUUACCACGGAUGUUCUCUACACCAUUUGUAAUAACUGCGGCCCUGUGCAAAGGAUCGUGAUUUUUAGGAAAAAUGGAGUUCAAGCGAUGGUUGAAUUUGACUCAGUCCAGAGUGCACAAAGAGCAAAAGCCUCUCUCAACGGAGCCGAUAUCUACUCAGGCUGCUGCACCCUUAAAAUCGAGUACGCCAAGCCAACCCGUCUCAACGUCUUCAAAAACGAUCAGGAUACUUGGGACUACACCAAUCCCAAUCUGAGUGGCCAAGAUACCAACGCAGAUGACAAUUGGAACGAUUCACAAGACCCCAAUGCUAAUCCAAAUAAGCGGCAGAGGCAGCCAGCACUGUUGGGAGAUCAUCCACCAGAAUAUGCUGGUCCACAGGGUGGCUACGGUCACUAUGAUGAUACUUACGGACCACCACCUCCACCCUCACAUUUCGAGGGCAGGCGCAUGGGCCCCCCAAUUGGGCGUGGCCGCGGCGCCCCCCGAUAUGGAGGAGCGCAAUUCGGACAUGGACCACCUCCACCAGACUACAGUGCUCAUGCUGACUCUCCUGUGGUGAUGGUGUAUGGUCUUGAGCCCACCAAGAUCAAUGCAGACAGAGUGUUUAACAUGUUCUGUCUCUACGGUAAUGUGGAAAGGGUGAAGUUUAUGAAGAGUAAACCAGGUGCUGCGAUGGUAGAGAUGGGAGACUGUUACGCUGUAGAUCGAGCCAUUUCACACCUUAACAACAAUAUGCUCUUUGGACAAAAACUCAAUGUCUGUGUAUCCAAGCAACAGGCCAUAAUGCCGGGCCAGUCAUACCAGCUGGAGGAUGGCAGUUGUAGUUUUAAGGAUUUUCAUGGCAACAGAAACAACCGUUUUAGCACUGCUGAGCAGGCCGCCAAGAACCGCAUACAACAUCCCAGCAAUGUACUGCACUUCUUCAACAGUCAACCAGACAGCUCUGUUGAAGCUUUUAGUCAGAUUUGCGAUGAACUGGGAAUCAAGAGCCCAAGCAGUGUCAAGCUGUUCACUGGCAAGAGUGAGAGAAGUGCAUCUGGUCUGUUGGAGUGGGAAACGGUAAAUGACGCUAUGGAGGCUCUUGCCAUGAUGAACCACUACCAGAUGAAGAACCCUAGUGGGCCUUACCCAUACACUCUUAAAUUGUGUUUCUCAACUGCACAACAUGCAAACUGAACCCGUAACUACACAUGACCACUAACCUUUGACUCUUGGUGACCAUUUGAACCCCAUGUGGUAGCCCAUUAAUAUUGAUUUCUUAAUUCUUGACCCCAGAUGGAAAGAAACAAGACCGUUAAGGUUCUCUUUAUUUCCAAAAGACUACUCAAUGUUUUUGUACCAUUGUUUAAUUUUAAAUUCAUUCCAUUGUUUAUUUUAAUUGUUAUUAAUGCUUUUUUUUAUUUACAGUUGCCCUGUCUUGUAUAACACAGUACAUUUGAUUGGGGGGGGGAACAUAUUAAAUGAGUAAAUACAUCAUUGUGAACCGUUU